AUGGUGGAUCCAUAUGUUUUGCCUUCGUGUGGACAUGCCUUUUGCUUUAGCUGUUUGGCGGAAUGGCAAAAAACAGUAAAGAAUAAUGCAGCCACGACCCCACCAUUUCCCUUUGUGGCACAAGCAUCAAGUAAGAAGCACAAAUUGAGCUGUCCGGCCUGUCGAGCCGAUACACCGGAUGUCCAAGACUCCAUUCUCCAAAAGGCACGACUCUUGGCUGCAAGGGCCAGCAAUCACAAGACAUCAAAAUCCGAGAAGAUUACUCUAAGACAAGAGGCACUGGCCGAACUCGACCAAUCGGAAAAGUAG